UUUCCUCGCUUUGCCCUUUCUUACCAUUUCUACAUGAUAUUCCAUGAACCAAACAAUAUUCUUCCCUCAAAACAGGUCACUGUCUCUAUCUUCUGUGUAGUUCAAUUCCCCAAUCAGCCAAUUCCAAUUCCUCUCUGCAUCAUGGGGACGACAGGCAGCGACGUCGAAGCCGGCUUUGCAAAGCUUCAGGGCGAGGAUUUCGAGUACUACAUGCAAACAUACUCCAUAAUACUGGGCCGCAAUUCCAAGAAAUCUACCGUCGACGUUGACCUCUCCAGCCUCGGGGGUGGCAUGAACAUCUCCCGCCACCACGCUCGCAUCUUCUACGACUUCACUCGCCGUCGUUUCGCCCUAGAGGUUCUUGGCAAAAACGGUUGCUUGGUCGAAGGCGUCCUCCAUCUCCCGGGCAACCCUCCUGUCAAGCUUGAUUCCCAAGAUCUGUUGCAAAUUGGGGAUAAGGAGUUCUAUUUUCUGCUUCCAGUGAAGAGUAUUUUGGGCGGCCAUCUUGGGCCCAGGCAUCAUGUGGCGGUGGUGCCUCAGUACGGUUAUCAUUCCGCCGGUUCGGAGAGGAUGGUGGGGCCAAUGGCGGUGGGGGCUGUUAAGAAAGGGAGAAGAGAAUUUUACGAGGAUGAGUAUGAUGAUGAUGAAGAGAAUGGUGGUGGUAAUGGUGGAAAGAAGGUCAGACGUGAGGGGUUUGAUGGGCACGGAUACGGUGCAGGUGGUGGCUCCGGUGGUAAAGUGGGAUUUGCUGGAGGAUUAGUUCCUGGAGAGAAGAAAAUAGAUGGAAGAUCAAGGGUCGAUCGUGAUUCCGACAAUCAACAACUUAUGCAGUUGGAAGAAAAAGAUGUAGUAUCAUCUGUUGCUACUGUGCUGUCUGAUCUUUGUGGUCCUGGAGAAUGGAUGCCCAUGGAGAAACUCCAUGCAGAGUUGGUGGAGCAAUUUAGCAAUGUCUGGCAUCAUACUCGGAUAAGAAGGUAUCUCACAUCUGAGGACUGGCCUGGUCCUGAAUCCAAAGGGAAGCCCUGGUAUGGCUUGCUUAUGUUAUUGAGAAAAUACCCAGAGCACUUCGUCAUCAACACAAGGUCCAAGGGACGUGUGACACUGGAGUUUGUCUCUCUCGUCUCUUUGCUAUCAUAGGAUCCUGCGAACAUAACUAGGUUCAUCCCCUCGCAUGGUCUUGUUGCAUGCACUUUAUCCAGAGUGAAUUAUGUUGUUGAUUGUUGAUCUCAAGUCUUGGAUUAGGUCUGUACUAACUACAUGAACGAAUGUAAAUGUGUUUCUGUUUCUUGUUUUUGUCUCUCUCUAUGAAUAUUUUGUACAUGAUGCUUUUAGUAAUGCAAUUUUCCAUCUUCAGGACA